AUGUCUUAAGAUGAAUAUAUCCAAACAGAUAAUAGUCAAACUAAUUCAUUAAUGGAUUGGAACAAGGUUAUUAAAAUCAAUGAAAAGGAUAUUAGCUUUUAGAAAUAUAAAUUUGAUAGUUUAACAGCAUCCUAAUUUUGGGCAUAUUGCAUGGGUCAUAUGCUUAAUGAUUUAUCAGCUGCUUGUUGGUUUAAGUAUUGAAUACUUUAACAUUUUAGCUAUCUAUUGUUUUAUUUGAAGAGAAUUAUGCAUGUUGAUUUUGGUUCAUAUGCAAUGUUGUCAGGUUAAAUAGCUGAUGCUUUAGCCACUCCAUUAGUAGGAUAUUAUAGUGAUAGAACAAAUACAUCAAUAGGAAAGAGAAUUCCAUGGUAUAUUGGGUAUUUUAAAUGUUUAUAUUUCAAGGGGAUAUGUUGUAAUAAUCUUUUCAUUUUUGCCUGUUUGGAAUGGAAAUUUAAUUUUUGAUUGGAUGAGCCUAAGAAACAACAACUUAGUAUAAGUAAGCUAUUAAAAUUAAAGAAAGACAAUAUACUAUACGGUUUUUUCAGCAAUCUUUAAUUUUGGUUGGGCUUCAUUACAAAUAAGUCAUAUGUGUUUGGUUCCAAGUUUAACAUGUAGUCGCUAUAAAAGAGAUAAAUUAAAUUCUAUAAGAAAUACAUUUUAAUUCAUAGCUGUAUUAAUAGUGUAUGUGACAGCAGUAACAUUUAAAAAUAGAUAUAGCUAAUAUUUUUUUAAUUGGUAAACAGUAAAAAUGGUACAGACUCAGAAUAAGCUUUUCAAUAUUUAUCAUUAAUAUGUGUAGCCAUUGGAACAGCAACAUCAGUAUUUUUUAUUAUACAAAUAAAUGAACCUAAACUAACUUCUGAUUGUACUAAAUAUGCAAGAAUUUUGUUAAAAAUUUUGAAGGAAGUAUGAAAUAUUAAUUANUUUAGUCUAAAGAAAAUAAAAUUCAAAACAAUUAUUCAAUAAUAUUUAAAAAAAUGAAAAUUAAUAAACACAUAAUUUAUGAUUAUUUCAAUUAAGCUUAAUUGAAUUAUAAUAUCUGA